AUGAAACGACUUGCUGCUGCGCUCAUUCUUUUGGCAAGCUUUGCAUGCAAUGUCGAUAGCUUGUGCAAUAGAGGAAUGGUCCAUGGAUUUGAAGAUCUUACUCCAUCUCCUAAUCUAACGUGGACUCCAUGUUUCGACGAUUUCACGUGCUCUAAGCUGGAAGUUCCAUUGGAUUAUUCAAACAGAAGUCUUGGCAACACAUCCAUCGCCUUUAUGAAACUGGCCGGAAAGAAUGCCACGGCCCAAUCGCCAAGCAUUGUACUCAUCCCUGGCGGUCCGGGUGGUUCUGGUACCCAGCUUCUUGGCGAGUACCGGUCUAUGAUAGGGCAGAUGUUCGGAGAACAGUACAACUUCGUGUCUUUCGAUCCUCGCGGUGUGAACAACAGCGGUUUGAACAUUGACUGCUUUCGCGGGAAUGCAGAGGCAAGACUAGCCUUCAAUCGACUGCAUGCCACAGGGGCUACCAACGUCUCAUCGGAGUCACUCCAGGAGCAGUAUUAUUCGGCUAGUAUCUACGGCGAGUGGUGCAACGAGGCCGUAGAAAAGGAUCUACCCAACGGAUACUAUGUCACUACUCCUGCUGUCGCCCAAGACUUGCUCACAUUUGUCGAAGCCGAGGCCACAUUGGCCCAACAACCACCAUCUAAUGCCAAACUGUGGGCUUACGGAAUCAGUUACGGCACAGUCAUUGGAGCGACCUUUGCCUCAUUGUUUCCCGACCGAGUUGAGAGAAUGAUACUUGACGGUGUUUUGGAUGCGGAGCAAUACUAUGAAGCUAACUGGAGGGAUGUUGCCGACCAGAUGGACGAGACCAUUGGGAAAUUCUCUGACUUGUGCCACUCCGCCGGCCCCGACAAAUGUUCCUUCUGGGGACCCUCGCCGACUAAUAUCACCGCCAGAAUGGACCUGAUCAUCCAAGAGCUGCAGAGUCAUCCAGUGGCUGUAAGCAGAGCCCAAAGUCAAGGGCUACCAGCGAUGGUCACCUAUUCCGAUCUUAAGGCUCUGUUUUUCAAUAACAUCUACACCCCACGAUCAGGCUUCCCAGUCAUAGCUGAGGCCCUGCAUCAGCUAGAAAACAGAAACGCUUCGGCUCUCGCGGAAAUACCUAACGGACUAGGCAUCACGUCCGACGCUGGUUUUGUCACUAGAUGUGUUGAUUCAUAUCGAAGAAACAAGCUGACUACCAUUGAGGAGUUCAAGAGCUAUGUCGAAUACAUGGUCUCUACGAGCAAGUACAUCGGUGAUAUCUACCCAAUCGUUGUGGGAACUAUCUUGUGUCGAUCAUUUCGGCCGCAAUUGCCUGAUAGCAUGGCGAUUCGGAACCCGAUAAGCGGAAUACAAAGGCCUACGUCCUUCCCCAUUCUGCUCGCUAGCAACACCGUUGACCCUGGAACACCUGUCAAGUCGGCACGCAAGCUAUCUUCUCAAUUUCCUGGAUCGGUGCUCUUGUUGCAAGAAGGUGUUGGGCACGUCGUCGCCAAUCAAGGAGGAUCAGACUGUUACUUUGGAUACGUUCAGAAGUACCUCCAAGGCGCAGUUCCGCCGUCCAACAUUACAUGUCCGCAGCAGCACAUACCGUUUAUUGACGGCUCUCUUUGA